AUGGACUUCACCAUAUCUCGACUUACAGAAGAUGACAUACCUGGAGCUGUGAACACCAUUCAGGAAGCAUUUAAAGAAGAUCCUUACAACCUGUGGAUUUACAAUGAUCGAUCAAAGGUAGAGUUUUUCUUUGAAUUUUCAAGCGUCGUAGCAAGUAUUGGUUCCGAUUCGUCUAUAGCUGAAAUCAUCACGAAAGCGUGUUUCUUGAACCUAGUCAGAAACUCGGUAUCUCUUGGCAUUCGAUGUCGAUGGGGAAUUCGAAACGGCUUGUUCUACGUUGCUAAAGACUCUCAAAGUCAUAGAGUUUUAGGCGUUGCAAUGUGGUUACCACCCAAAUCUGCUGGAUCGCCGGAGACGUGGGCAGAAUGGAUUGACAGUUGGGCCAUGUGGGCUCAACAAGUUGGUAUGAAUAUUUGGUACGGUCGAGGUGGCCUAAAUGUGAAGCGUUAUUACAUCUGGAAGGACAGGCAAGCAGAAGCCCAAUCUGAUAUUUGGACCGAUCCCCGAGGAUACUACUUUCUAAAUAUAAUGGUUGUUCAUCCUGAUGCUCAAGGAAGAGGAAUCGGAAAAGCGCUAGCAAAGGAAGUAACCAGCAUUGCUGACGCAGAAGGGAAAAGAUGCUAUCUUGAAUCUAGUCGGGAUGUUCCCAACAUGAAGAUAUACGAAACCUUCGGAUUCCAUUUUGAAAAGAAGAUGGUUUGCGACGACGAAGGUGAUACUUGCAAUAUCUAUUGUAUGAUUAGAGAACCACAAACAGACUCGAAAGGAUCUAAAAAGGAUGGCGCCGAAGAGUCUGAUUUUGGUGGCGGACUCCACAUACCAAAUCUUACAAACCGAAUUGACAUUCCUCGAAUACAAGUGGUGAAGAAAAGUCUAGUCUGUGGUCUCCGUCACAGUGCCACCGAAGUACCACCUAAGCAGACCCACGAUGGCACAAUUUCAACAUACCAUGCGAGCUCUAGGAGUAUGGCGUUAGCGACAAGAAUGAUGAGGUUACCGACUUCAGCUGUUGGUCUUCGAACUAUCGCUCAACGAUCAUAUGCGACAUCAAAUCGGGUCCUUCUCUCAAGUGCGCGACCCAAUGCCAGAGUCAAUGUCAACAAGACUGCAAUCUCCCAAAUUGCUCAACGUACUUACGCAGAUGUUGCUCCUGUUACUGUUAAGAAGCCAAAGCGAUUUAGAUUCUUGAGAUAUAGUUGGCGUCUCACAUAUUUGUCUUUGAUCGGAGGGGCCGCUUAUCUUGGAUAUGAAGUUUGGGAACUUCGACAUCCAGAGGAGCAAUUCCAGCCAGAUCCAACCAAGAAAAAUUUGGUCAUUCUUGGUACUGGAUGGGGUGCUGUUUCUCUUUUGAAGAAACUCGACACGGAAAACUACAAUGUUAUUGUUAUCUCCCCACGAAACUACUUCCUGUUCACCCCUCUUUUGCCAUCAUGCACAACCGGUACCGUCGAGCACAGAUCUAUCAUGGAGCCUAUCAGAAGCAUAACCAGACAUAAGAAAGCUGCUGUCAAAUUCUACGAAGCCGAAGCCACUAAAAUCGACCCCGAGAAGAAGACUAUUUCCAUCAACGACAACUCUGAUGUCAAAGGAGCUUCCCACACAACCGAGGUCUCAUACGAUAUGUUGGUCGUCAGUGUUGGUGCAGAAAACGCAACUUUUGGAAUUCCUGGUGUCAAGGAGCAUUCUUGCUUCUUGAAGGAGAUCGGUGACGCACAAGCAAUCAGAAAGAAGAUUAUGGAUUGUGUAGAGACUGCCACUUUCAAGGACCAAUCUCCAGAGGAAGUUGAACGUCUUUUGCACAUGGUUGUCGUUGGUGGUGGACCUACUGGUGUUGAAUUCGCUGGUGAGCUCCAAGAUUUCUUCGAUCAAGAUAUUAAGAAGUGGGUUCCAGAAAUUAGCGACAAGUUCAAGGUUACCCUCAUUGAAGCUCUUCCAAAUGUUCUUCCUAUGUUCUCCAAGCAAUUGAUCGAAUACACCGAGUCAACUUUCAAGGAAGAGAAAAUUACUAUCAAGACUAAGACGGCCGUUAAGAAGGUCACUGAUAAGACCGUCGAAGCCGAGGCCACUGGACCAGAUGGAAAGAAGUUCACUGAGGUCAUGCCUUACGGUCUCCUUGUUUGGGCCACCGGAAAUGCCGUCCGCCCUGUUGUCAAGGACCUCAUGGCACAAAUCCCCGCCCAAAAAGACUCAAGGAGAGGUCUCGCCGUGAACGAAUAUCUCGUUGUUCAAGGAACCAAAGAUAUUUGGGCCACUGGUGAUUGCGCAGUUGCAGGAUAUGCACCAACAGCUCAAGUAGCAUCGCAAGAAGGAGCUUUCUUAGCCCGUCUCUUUAACACCAUGGCAAAGACCGAUACCAUCGAACAUGAAAUCCAAGAGUUGAGUUCAUCCUUGAACCUUGGUCCUGGAAACGCCGCCCAAGUUGCCAAGGAUAUUGAAGCACAUGAGAAGCAAUUGAGAAGAAUUAAGGAUAUCAAGCCGUUCCACUACACACAUCAAGGUUCCUUGGCAUACAUUGGUAGUGAAAGAGCCGUUGCAGAUGUUAGCUGGUUAAAUGGUAACUUUGCUACCGGUGGUAAUUUGACAUAUUUGUUCUGGAGAAGUGCAUACUUGAGCAUGUGUUUCAGCACGCGCAAUCGUGUUUUGGUGGUUCUCGAUUGGCUCAAGUCUAAGACUUUCGGCCGUGAUGUUUCUAGAGAAUAGAUGGUUAGAGAGAGUGGUUAAAAAAGAAAAUUGGCGGGCUGGUCGGGAUAGAUGGGAAUGAGGAGCGCGUGUAACAAAUAACGAAUUUUCGGGAUAGACUGGUUUUGGUUCCUUCUUGAACUUUGCAUUGGUGUUUUUUUAUAGAAUCUCCGGCUCGAGCUCGUGGAGAGUCGUUCAGGGAGUUCGAGGGCGCUGCUAUACUAUACUCAGAGGAUUGAAUGAAUAUGAUCAUUUUUC